GGUGGGCUCUAUUGAUUGAGUAGAAGUCCCUUCAAUGUAGGGAAGAAGGAAGAGAGUGAAUGAAUCAACUCCAAGGCCACGAGAACAAGAGGAGCGAGAAGCAGAAGAGCAUGUGCAUACUACUACUACUACUACUACUACUACUACUACUACUACUACUACUACUACUACUACUACUACUACUACUACUACUACUACUACUACUACUACUACUACUACUACUACUACUACUACUACUACUACUACUACUACUACUAUUACUACUGCUACAACAACUGUAUGCAGUACGACUACUAGUAGUGGUGGUGGUGGUCGAGAGAGUGAGCUGGGUGGAGAGCCCCACUGAGGGGAUACAUUUUCAGUUCUUCAUGCCUCAAACUCUCAGCUGGCUGAAGGAAGGGUCACAAGUGACAGAAGGAUCAUGUGUCUAGUGUGUGUUCAGCUCAAUGUCUGAUCGAAAGGCUGGUGCAGGUAUUGAGCGCGCAUGUUAUCUCCUCAAUCCGGACCUAGAUUCAACAUCGACCAAGUGAUCAUUCUGCAAUCUGGCCAUGAGCGAUGUUGUCAAAAUAUUUAGGAACAAUCUGCUUGUGGUUAUGGCUUGGGAUUGUGUCAGUGGGGGCUCACGUUUUCGAUACAGAUGGUCCGAUCGUGGAUAUCCUGGAGCAGGGCAAGAUCCAGGGAGAAAUUUGGAAGACCUUCAGUGAAAAAGAGUUCUAUGGAUUUAGAACAGUACCAUUUGCUAAGCCACCCAUAGGAGAGCUGAGGUUCAAGAUUCCUGAAGAUCCCGAAUCUUGGCAAGGCAUUCGAAAAUCUUCGAACUUCACACAAAUCACAUGCGCGCAAAUGAAUUUUCAUGAAGUUAUUGAAGGGGUCGAGGAUUGCCUUUAUCUCAAUGUUUUCACAACAAGUAUCAAAGCUGAAGAGCCGUUGCCCGUAAUUGUGUGGUUACACGGCGGCGGGUUCUUUGCUGGUGGAGGGGGCACCAAAAUCUACGGUCCAGAAUUUUUUAUGGAACACGACCUCGUGUUUGUCUCCCCAAACUAUCGCUUGGGAGCCCUGGGGUUCUUCACCUUGGAGACCGAGGAUGCCCCCGGUAAUAUUGGCCUUCAAGAUCAGCUCAAAGCCCUGAAAUGGGUUCAAAGGAACAUUCACCUAUUUGGAGGAGACCCGAAUAGGGUGACAGUGAUGGGUGAAAGCGCAGGAAGCAUGUCAGCCAUGUAUCUCAUGAUGUCUCCAAAAUCUAAGGGCCUAUUUCAUGGAAUAAUUGCACUGUCCGGGUCCUUUAUCUCAAGCUACACUCAUUGGGACAAGCAUCCGAGGUUGUACGGCCAUAGGUUGGCCAAAGAUUUGGAUUGUGAUUCCAACUCGUCAAAAGAAAUCGUCUCAUGCCUCCAAAAGCUACCGGUUGUGAAAUUCCAAGAAAAGACUCAACAUUUUCUUCAGUACUUAUGGACAGGGCCGAACGUGUGGAUGCCUGUAGUCGACGGACAUUUCAGUGAAGAUCCCGUCCUCCCCCAAAAACCAAUUGAAAUUUUAAAAGCCAAAGAGUACAAUCAAAUGCCCAUCAUCAUGGGCACCAAUUCCGAGGAAGGGGCCUUUAACAUGUGCGGUUACUUGAAAGGCAUCAUUCACUUGGAGGACGUGGAGGAGCGUUGGGACCAAUUGGCGCCCCUUAUCCUGUUCCACAGAUCCAUGGAUGAGAUCACAGACAAGGACGUCGAGUUGGCCCGAAAAGUGCGGAAAUUCUACUUUGGCGACAACCCAAUCUCGUUUGACUUGAUUCGGGAGUAUGCCAACAUGAUGGGUGACCACAUGUUCAUCUCAGGAGUAGAUCAAACCAUCAAGCUCUUAUCAAAGACCAACGACUACCCCGUCUACCAAUACAUGUACAGUCAUAAAGGUUCCUUCACGACAGUAGACCCCUUUGUCUUACCCGAGUGGCAAUUCUUGAUCAAAGUUGGGUUGAAGUACUACCUGAAUAUCGAUAUUUGGAAUCAAGACUUGGGCGUCUCUCACGCUGAUGAACUGUUCGUCAUGUUUCAACCGCACAUUCUUCCUUGGAAUUCGUUGUUUACUGAAGAUGAUCAGCUCGUGAGCAAGCGGAUGACAACUUUGUUCUCGAACUUUGCGAGAUAUGGAAACCCGACUCCUCAAGACAUGGAAUCAUUGCCUCAAUGGACCCCAGUGCAUCCGCAUAGUCAGCUAUAUUACAAUAUAACCAGCCAUACCCUUAAAAUGGAAAAUCGCCCAGACUUCAAGGCUCGUAUGGAUUUUUGGGAGAUGAUCAUGGCCGAAGUGAACUCCUAUCGGAAUUUUAUUUCGGACAAAGCUCCUCUAUUGAGGGAUGAAUUGCACAAGCUUCCCCCUAGUUCGCUCAAUGAUGAAAGAAAUGAGUUGUGACGUUGUUUUCACUAGUGUUCAAGUUAGAUAGUUCAAUGUAGUUGAUAGAGUAGUGGCUCCUUUCAAAAGCAACAUUUCCUAGUUUUGCCACCCAACCUUGUAUAGUGCCCUCUUCAAGUGUGACAGGAGAGGACUACUCAAUGCACAAUGUUCUUGUAUUCCAAGACUACUCAUAUUUUCUGGCUUUUUUAGCUCUGUGAUAGUGAGUUCACCUUCAAACUUGAAACAAAUACCCAAUAGGACUGACAUGUUAUUCAAGAGCAUUAUUCACCCUGUGAUAAUUCCAUCCAAAUCAGUUGUUUCACCUGUGUUACGCCAAGCAAAAUAUAAUGCUGUUAAAAGUU